AUGACGUCAUCUUUAAGCUCACAAAGUGUGGCUGACAGGUAAAAAUAAGCCACACAGACAACACGUGUUAUAGGUGAAUUUAAUGCUGUUGGGACAAUCGUUUCUUCGCCUAUUUGAUCACAUAAGAUGUCUUCACUCCUCAAGGUGGACAAUGACAUUAAAACCAAGGUUGAUGCUUUCAGGGAACGUAUCACUUCAGAAGCAGAGGAUCUAGUUGCAAAUUUUUUCCCAAAGAAGUUGCUGGAACUUGAUCACUUCUUAAAGGAUCCAAUCAUAAACAUCGCUGACCUUAAGGAGAUCCACUCGGAGAUAAACCUGACGGUGCCAGACCCCAUUUUGCUCUCAAACCUGCAUGACGGACUAGAAGCGCAAAAUGCCAAAAAGAGGAAGCUGGAGGACGGAGCUGGGGAGGACAAAGUGACUGGCACCAAGGUCUUUGUCAUGCCUGGUGGGAUGAUGAAGAGCAACGGAAGUCUUGUUGAUCUUAUUGAAAAGGUCAAACCAGAGAUCAGGACACUCAUAGAGAAAUGUAACACAGUCAAAAUGUGGGUUCAGCUGCUCAUCCCCAGGAUAGAGGAUGGCAACAACUUCGGGGUGUCAAUCCAGGAGGAAACAGUAGCUGAACUCAGAACAGUUGAAGGAGAGGCAGCAUCUUACCUCGACCAGAUAUCAAGAUACUACAUUACAAGGGCAAAGCUAGUUUCUAAAAUAGCAAAAUAUCCACAUGUGGAGGACUAUCGGCGUACAGUAACCGAGAUUGAUGAGAAGGAAUACAUCAGUCUGAAGAUCAUAGUUUCUGAGCUCAGAAAUCAAUACGUAACGUUACACGACAUGAUUCUGAAGAACAUUGAGAAGAUCAAGAGGCCUCGAAGCAGUAAUACCGAAGCGUUGUACUGAUGUUCAUCCAGCCAUUUCAGCCUCCACCUCCCGUCUCCCCGCCAUGCUUGUUGAGCCACGGUAGCCCGGUCCAGUCCCUCCGGAUUCCAACUAGACAUUCAUCUACUUCAGUACAAUCAACACAAUCCAGUACAGAAACAUCGCUUCCAUAGAUGGACACAACACACACAUGUUUUUUGUUUUAAAUGUAAAAUAUUUUUCUUGUUUUAAACCCUUCGAAGGUAAAUGGGGAGAUAGAUCAUAGACAACAAAAAAAGCGCUAUGUAUUUUUUAAUUUUAAUUAAACAUUUCGUCCUCAGAUCUUUUGUGAAAUUGCUUCAUUUAUAGCUCUUAAGAAGAAUUCAGAGCAAAGUGGUUUGUUUCAUACCCACUGCUUCACUGAAUGUUUUCGUUUUAUUUAAGUCUUCAUCCGGAGGAAGGUCGUUUAGAGGACACGCAACAUGUUUGUUUUUUUUUCCGUGAAUGUUAUACAUUAUACACAAUAUAGUCGUAGGUUUUAGGUCUAUAGGCUUAUUAGUUUUCAGUGAAAAUUCAUAAGUCACCAAAGCAUCUGUUAUGUUGAGGCAUUGAUUCUAUUGAAUAAAACAUUUUUUGAUAAGAGAA